CCCGGGGUCACGCGGCCCUCUUGGCCUCACUCUCCCCUUCUCGCUGGCCGUCGUGGGAAGGCGGAAGCGCGCGCGCGCGGCGCAAGAUGGCGGCGGCCGGGGGGCUGUGUGCCCUGCUCUGCCUGGCGCUGGCGGGCGGCGGGGCCGCGCUGGGGAAACGGAGCCCAGUGAAGGUGCUGUCGGACGGCAUGUGGCGGGAGCUGCUGCAGGGCGAGUGGAUGGUGGAGUUCUAUGCCCCUUGGUGCCCCGCCUGCCAGAACCUGCAGCCCGAGUGGGAGAAGUUCGCCGAGUGGGGCGAGGACCUGGAAGUGAACAUUGCCAAAGUGGAUGUCACGGAGCAGCCGGGAUUAAGUGGACGAUUUAUCAUAACAGCUCUUCCUACCAUCUAUCACUGUAAAGAUGGAGAGUUCAGGAGAUACCAGGGUGCAAGAACUAAAACUGAUUUCAUAAAUUUCAUCAGUGACCAGGAAUGGAAAUCUAUUGAACCAGUUUCAUCAUGGUUUGGUCCUUCCUCUUUCCUGAUGAGCAGUAUGUCAGCUUUGUUUCAAUUAUCAAUGUGGAUCAGGCACUGCCAUGGUUAUUUAACAGAAAAUGUUGGAAUGCCAGUCUGGGGCUCAUAUGCUGUUUUUGCAUUGGCAACUCUAUUCUCAGGACUGAUACUGGGACUUGUGAUGGUGUUCUUGGCAGACUGUAUCUGUCCAUCCAAAAGGCACAGACCGCCACAGUACCCUUAUUCAAGAAAGCUAGCGCCAGAGUCAGCUCAGCUGUUGAAAAAGCUGGAUGAAGAGCAAGAAGCAGAUGAGGAAGAUAUCUCAGAUGAUGAAACAGAGGGUAAAGAGGUGUCCGACAGAAACUCAUCACCGAAUGCUGUAAGGCAGCGCCCAGUGAACCCUGCUGCUACAACAGAUAAAUCUUAGCUUUGUUUGCGUGCAGGAUUAGUGUUUGAGUCACCAACUCAAAAGGAGAUAAAUGUCAAAUCCUUCAGCUUCAAGAGCAGAAUGACUCCUGUCAUGGUAAUAUUGAUGCAUUUCAUGAAUUCAGAGGAAAAAAAAAAAAACAUCUUUGGCAUCAGGUAUUCAAAACUAAAACAUGCUGUUGCAAAUGGCUGAAACUUUUCCUGUCUGUGUGCAGGGAAGUGCCAAGAAAUAAUUCAUGUGGCUGCUUGAAUGACUUGUUCUAUAAGAAUUUAUUCUUUUUUAACAGAAUGUAAACCAGUGUACUUGUUGCAUUAGGGAACAUAAGCAAGGAAAAUGCACUAACCUGUUUGCUGUUAAAGCAUUCAAAAAGGUGUCUCCGUGUAAAUCUAUCUAGUUAGGCUCUGAAGAAAUUCUGAGGGGAAAAAGUUCCUUCAGUUACUGAAUAUGUUCCAGGCUUUUUAUGUGACAAAAACUGCUUUCUGCUAUGACAAUGAGUGCUACAACCCCCCCCAGUCUUUCUUCUUCCAAAGAGAUUGGAGUUAUCUUCAUUUAGAGGAGCAGAAGUUGUCCUCUGAACAAAAGCUAGAGCUUGUCUUUGCCAUCCUCCCAGAUGGAAGUUACCACAAGUGCUCUGUGUGGUAUGGAUUCUCUGCCUGACCAGAAACCUGCUAUUUGCAUUGAUGUCUUUUAGAAAAGGCUGUAGAAAGCGAUACGUGCUUGUUGGCAAAGUAAUUCUUCUCUAGAAAAAAAUUACAGGCAGCACCAUGAAGUCUUGUUUGUCUCAAUGACUGUGAUUCAGAUGGGAAUAGUUUACAUGCAGGGUUCUCUGCUGAGUGCCUACCUGUUGAUCCUGCUGGAUGGCAGUAGGACUCUGCUUAUUUUUAAUACAUCAUCAGUGAUUUCUGCUUAAUCAAAUUUUACUGCGAAUCUGGUCAGGCUGUACUUGGAAGUUGAAAUAACUGCUUCUUAAUUUCUUUCACAGAAAAUCAUCUUUUUGUUUUCACAAAACCAUCUUGAAACAAUUACCCUAACUCUUUCUUUAAAAAAACCCUGUAGUCUACUGUUUUCUGUACAAUAUUUGUUUUCACUCUGUAUAGAAAUAAAAAGAAUGCACAUGC